UGGGCUGUCAAUAGGAUUUAGGCCAGAGUUUUAUAUUACCCCGGCCGGGCAGUAAGACAGGUACAACUACAUCAGUCUGUUUGUAAGAUGCUUUCAACUAACUUUUGUCAUCGUAAUUAUAAUUAUAAGCGACUUCAUAUCUAAAACAUAUAGGUUAUUUCAACAAGCUGUUAUGUUUUAAAUACACAAUCUAAAUACACAAUCAGUGGUAAAAACACAGCAGGUUCAUAACAAACCGUAAGUGAGCGAAGCCCCAUAGAUGAUCGUCUUUAUUUCAAGUGUAGGCAAGCCAAAUACCUCUUUUACGAAAGCGAAGUACUAUAAAGAGAGACACCUUUAAUUAUCAAGGAAUUUAUUUAUUUUUUUUAUUAACAUACCUCAUGUAACGCUACAAUGUACCAAGCAGUCUUUAUUAAUUCUUUUUGUUGUAUUGCCAGCAGCUCUGUGAUAAGCUCAUAAUAAUGUCACUGCUUUCCAGUAGCAUGAUGUGUGACUGUCUUUGUCGUGGAAGGGUUAACAACAAAGGCCUUAUAGUUGCGCUGCUAUUUGCAUGGAUUUUAAGUGGUACGUUUCUGAUGCUGACUUGGAAUGAAAUGCCGGGACAACAGAAUGAAGUGCGAUUUAUAUUUCAAAACUUCAACCGUCCACCAACACUUCGCAAGGAGUUUCAAAAACCGGGCUAUCAAUUGGGCAAACAUGCCGUUGUUAAUAAAAAUGUCAGCAAAACCCCACAAACUACCAAAACGGAGCAAAAACAUUACACCCCUUGUGUUAUACUAAUUUGGACAAUAGAAAGAAAUGAAAUUGAGGAAGGCUGGCCCAAAGAAAACUUGACUUUGAACAGGAACUGCCGAAUAACAUACAAACACAAUGCUGUGUAUUCAGCACAUAUAAUUGUGUUUCAUCAAAAAAUAAUGCAUUCGAUUCUGCCAUGGAAACACAGCCGCAAACGUUCACAGCGAUUUGUAUGGUGGUCAGAUGAAAAUCCGUGGGACUUGAAACAUUUUGGUCAAAGAUAUCCACGAAAAUUUGGCAACUUCUUCAACCUUACAAUGACCUACCGCACAGAUUCAGAUGUUUUCUUUCCAAUAUGGAGAAAGGAAUCAUUGUUCAAUGAAGUUGCGAAACAUCCCAAAUCGGUUGACGAAAUCACACGCCCCAAAACUUUGUUAGCGAUAUGGACGGCUGAUGACUGUAAACCAAGUCGCGGAAAUCAAAUUCGAAUGAAGUACGCAGUUGCUUUGGUAAAAGCUGGUUUGAGUUUCACCAAGACUGGUAUCUGCUUUAACAAAGACGACAAGGUUGAUCUAAAUCCUUAUAUGUUUUACCUUGUUCUGGUCGAUGGCUACCAUUGUAAGGAUUAUUUGCACGAAAAGAUAUGGCAUGCGCUGGUGAAAGGAUUAGUGCCGGUAAUAUUCGGGCCUUACAGAGACGACGUUUUAAACCAACUGCCCCACCAUUCGUUUAUACACGCGGAAGAUUUCCGGACGACGAGGGCGCUGGUCGACCAUAUGCAUGUUGUGGCGCUGAACAAGACUUUAUAUAAGGAAUAUUUCAUUUGGCGUGAAAGCCGCGACAUUGAGUUAGAUGAUGCGGUAAUUCAUUCCCAUCAUCCUAACUUGAAACUUAGGUCACAGGAGGCGACCGGUUGGAGUCGGCUUUGUGAGAAAUUUCGUGAGAUGGAAGCAAAGAAUCAAACACAAGUUAUACGAUCUUUGGAAGACUUCGUGUUCAACACUGAGUCUAAACACUGUAUGGGGCCAAACGACAAACUAGUUACUUAAAAGUUUAUA